UUUUCAAUCAUUUUCAUUUCUCAACUGAACAUGCUAACCAUCGAACCUCCAUCUGCCACAUUUCCAGCGUCAGGAGGAAGUUCCACGCACACAAUUACGUCAGUGAACGAAUCUCGAAUGGCGUUUAAGGUGAAGUCAUCAAAUAAUGAGCACUACCGAGUUCGUCCCGUGUAUGGAUUUGUCGAGGCAAGGGGAAAAAUGAAAUUUGAGAUAAUUCGCCUCGAGGGUCCUGUGAAAGAUGAUAAAAUUAUGCUACAAUAUGCUGAAGUUCCAGCUGAUGAGACAGAUGCUCAGGCACCAUUCAAAGCUGGUGCUCAACAAGGAGAUGUCACGAUUUUAUUGAAGACUAACUGAGCAUCGACUUUUGUAUAAAACCCAUUUUAAUUUUAACUUUUUAUUAUUAUUAAACUUGUAAAAAGAACAAAGAGACGUAGCAAUGA